AUGGCCCAAUCUUCACAGAAUCCUCCGUUCCAGCAGGAGAAAGUCAUUAUACCCAAUAAGUAUGGCAAUAAACUAGUAGGCAUAUUACAUGAAGCUGGAACCAAAGAGAUUGUUAUUCUAUGCCAUGGUCUUCAAGCUUCUAAGGAAGAUAUUAUCAUGACACAGCUUGCUGCUGCUCUAGAGAAUGCUGGAAUCAGUUCUUUCCGCUUUGACUUCACUGGAAAUGGGGAAAGUGAAGGUUCAUUUGAAUUUGGCAUCUACUGGAGGGAGGUUGAUGAUUUACAUUCGGUAGCUCAACACUUUCAUGAAGCAAACCGUAGAGUUAUGGCAAUUAUUGGACACAGUAAAGGAGCUAGUGCAGUGCUUCUUUAUGCUUCAAAGUAUCAUGAUAUUAAAACAGUCGUCAACCUCUCUGGUCGCUAUGAUCUGAAGGCAGGCCUUGAAAAUAUUCUCGGAAAGAAUUUUAUGGAGAGAAUUAGAAAGGAAGGAUUCAUUGAGUUGAAGACUAAGUCAGGAAGUGUUGAUUAUCGUAUAACAGAGGAAAGUUUGAAGGAUCGGUUAAGCAUAAAUAUGCACGAAACAUGCAUGCAAAUUGACAAAGAAUGCAGGUUCCUAACUGUUCAUGGUGAUGCUGACGCAAUAAUUCCUGUUGGAGAUGCAUUUGAAUUUGCAAAUAUCUUACCUAAUCAUAAGUUGCAUAUAGUAGAAGGAGCUGAUCAUGUAUAUACUGAUCAUUUAGCUGAGAUAGCCUCAGUUGUGGUUGAUUUUAUGAAGGAAACUUUUGCCAAGGAACAAAUUUAA